GAGACAAGGAGAGGCAGUGACCACCCACUUCUUCUUCAUCUUCUUCUUCCGGAUUCCGUCAUUCGUUUUUGAUCGUCCGAUCGAGAUGAAGAAGGUGUCGUCCUUGUCGGAGCUGGGGCUCGGGGAGGACGUCUCGCGGGCCUUCUUCCGGCCGCUCCAGCAGGCGGCGCCGCCGUCGCCGACGAAGCGGAACACCAAGAUCUCCGUCAUCGGCGUUGGAAACGUCGGGAUGGCCAUCGCCCAGACGAUCCUCACCCAGGACCUCGCCGACGAGCUCGCCCUCGUCGACGCCAAGCCCGACAAGCUCCGCGGCGAGAUGCUCGACCUCCAGCACGCAGCCGCCUUCCUCCCCCGCACUAAGAUCCGCGCUUCCACGGACUACGCCGUCACCUCCGCCUCCGACCUCUGCAUCAUCACCGCCGGCGCCCGCCAGAUCGCCGGCGAGUCCCGCCUCGAUCUCCUGCAAAGAAACCUCUCCCUUUUCCGGGAGAUCGUGCCUCCGCUCGCCCGCUACUCGCCGGACGCGCUCCUCCUCGUCGUAUCCAACCCGGUCGACGUCUUGACCUACAUCGCCUGGAAGCUCUCCGGCUUCCCUCCCAACCGCAUCAUCGGAUCGGGGACCAAUCUGGACUCGUCCCGGUUCCGCUUUCUUCUCGCCGAUCACCUCGAGGUCAACGCCCAGGAUGUCCAGGCUUACAUGGUGGGAGAGCAUGGGGACAGCUCGGUAGCACUGUGGUCGAGCAUAAGCGUGGGUGGCGUCCCAGUGCUGAGCUCCCUGGAGAAGCACCAGAUUGGCUACGAGGAAGAAGUCCUGGAAAGCAUCCGGAAGGCGGUGGUGGAGAGCGCUUAUGAGGUGAUCCGGCUGAAGGGGUACACCUCCUGGGCUAUUGGCUACUCUGUGGCCAACCUUGCUCGGUCCUUGCUCCGCGACCAGCACCGCAUCCACCCCGUCUCCCUCCUUGCCAAGGGCUUCUACGGCAUCCCCGACGACCGCGAGGUCUUCCUCAGCCUCCCUGCCCGCCUCGGCCGUGGCGGCGUGCUCAGCGUCGCCAAUGUCCACCUCACAGAUGAGGAGUCUGCCCAUCUCAGAAGGUCUGCCGAUACCUUAUGGAAGAUACAGCAGCAGCUUGGCAUUUGAGAUGGAGCAUUACCUCUUUUCUGGGGCCUUAGCUUCUCUUCUUUCUAGUACUAAUUAUUUUCUACUCUAUUUUUGGGUCUUUGUGAUCACCUGAAUCCUAUAAUCGAUUAAAACAGCUCAUGUUUACUUAUGUAACAUUUAUGCACCUUCAAUUUUGAUUAUUAUGCUUGAUAUGUUCUAUUUUCAAUUCGAUUCAUCAA